AACUACUCCCUGACGAACCUCCGCUCUCGAGGAGAGAACCCAGGACCACACGCCGGGCCCGGCCGCGUACCGCCUGCCCCCCAUGUUGGGACCCCGCAUCGUCAACAAGAGCUCGGCCCCCAACUACUCCAUGCCGGGACGCAGCAACGUGGGCUCCUUCUACCAGGACCUGUGCAAGACCCCCGGGCCGUGCAAUUACCAGGUGGUCAGUUCCGACGUGUACAAGCGCCGCGCCCCCCGUUACAGCCUGAGCCCCCGGCGCCCCCCGCUGAGCAGCGCCGAGACGCCGGGCCCGGGUCAGUACAGCCCCCGCAGCGCCCAGAGCGAAGGGCCCACGUUCGGAAUCCGCCACUCCGAGUUCGUGGCGCCCCUCAUCGUCGAUGUGCCCCAAUAACCGCCCGCUGCCCACGGCA